CCAAGCUUGAUCUUUGUUUAUCUCUGACAUCUCGAUCGGGUUGUGCAGUGCUCAACAGCACUCUGAUCCAUCAUGGUUUCUAGCACCAAGACGACGGGUCUUUGGACCGACAUCAAAGAGUACCGAAGAGCAUACAUCCUCACAGCGGUAGCGAGUUUCGGAGGAAUGCUCUUUGGCUGGGACACAGGCUUGAUUGGUGGCGUUCUGACAAUGGACUCUUUCAAGAAUUCGUUCGCUCUCGUCAACACUCCAGCAGCAUAUGCCGACUUAUCAGGCAACAUCGUGUCUGUACUUCAAGCCGGGUGCUUCGUCGGUGCCGCUGCUAGCUUCUGGGUCUCUGAUACUUUUGGUCGAAAGUCCGCUCUCAUAUAUGCAGACAUUAUCUUCAUCAUUGGCAGCUUGCUUCAGACCUGUAGUGCUAUCGGCAACCACUCACUGACUUUGUUGUACAUUGGCAGAGUGAUCGGUGGAGUUGGCGUUGGCUUGAUCUCUGCCGUGGUACCCACAUACAUUGGCGAGAAUGUCAACAAGGAGAUUAGAGGUCGCUGCAUAGGCACGAUGCAACUCUUCAACGUCACUGGAAUAAUGCUGUCCUACUUUGUCAACUACGGUGUCACUCGAUCGAUCUCUUCUGACAAAGAUGCCCAAUGGCGUAUCCCAUUCGCUCUGCAGAUGCUACCUGGUGCACUCCUUCUCAUCGGAAUCGUCUUCCAAAAUGAAAGUCCAAGAUGGCUCGUGGAGAAGGAUAGACACGAUGAUGCCGCUCGAGCGCUUGCACAUGUACGCGGUCGCUCACAGGACGAUGAGGUUGUUCGAAAAGAGCUUGGGGAGAUCAUAGCCGACUUCCAAAGUCGUGAAAAGAUUCCACUGCUUGGACAACUCAAAGUCGUGUGCUCAGACAGGAAAUACUUUUACAGAUUUUCCAUGGCCAUCAUUCUUAUGAUGUUUCAACAGUGGACAGGCACCAAUUCGAUAAACUACUACUCACCCCAGAUCUUCAAGUCCAUCGGUCUCGGCUCGUCUUCUGGACUUUUUGCCACAGGUAUCUAUGGCGUUGUCAAAGUCGUGAUAACAGCGCUAGCUUUGGCAUUCAUGACGGAGCAGCUAGGCAGAAAAUGGAGCUUGAUUAUCGGAGCCUUGGGACAGGCUUUUGCAAUGUUCUACAUCGGCAUCAACCAAGCCGUCAACCCAGUUGUCGAAGGAGCACCAUUGGACGGAAACAGUAUCUUCGCCAUCAUCUCCGUCUACCUAUUUGUGGUCUUCUACAGUGUGGGAUGGGGUCCUAUUCCCUUCAUUCUUGCCUCCGAGACAAGUCCUAACCAUGUUCGCUCACUUGUCAUGGCAUCGGCAUUGAUGUGCCAAUGGGCCUUCAACUGCGUAAUCGCCAGAAUCACACCCGUCAUGCUCAACAGCAUCACCUACGGCACGUUCCUAAUCUUCGGCGUCUGCUGCAUCAUCAUGGCAAUCUACACGGUCUUCUGUGUCCCCGAAACCAAAGGCGUCCCACUCGAGUCCAUGUCUCUUCUAUUCGAAGGCAACAUCAUCAAGGGAGCGACUUACGACACCAUACCGAGAUACUCAAGGGCAAAAGGACUUAAGAACGCUACCAAUGUAUUAGAUGACGAGGGUAACAAAGGCGAUUAUGCCGUUCAUGUCGAGAGGACCAAGAACGUUUGACUGACUUUUUACGUUUUUUCCGUGGGAAUUUAGAACGGGAUCAUUUACUGCGUUGAUAUUACGACUCAUAGCUGGACUGGAGUGUAUUCUAUUGGAUAUAGAUGAGCUAAAACGAAAUUUGGGAAUGGAACAGGACAGGUUUGAUGGGUCCCGAUGGUCAAGAUUUGGUUCUGUGGUUACUUGUGAGCUUUUGCUCUGUCUUUCAACAACCGAUAUCAUCGCAAGCUAAACAAGACCACUGUAGUCGAACUUCUUAGGACUAUUGGUUCACGCACAGCAAGCAAUGACCUCGAACCAAAUCACUGCAGCGUAAUCCUGAUGCCGCAGAACAUUCGAACAGGGUCACCCC